AUGGCUAAUUAUGGAGAUAAAGGAAGAGGAAAGCUUGUGAUUAGGGCCAUAUUGUUGGGUCUCUAUGGAAUCAUAAGCAUUGUGUGUGUGAAUGGUACUAACAUAAACUACAGAGAUGCCCUAACCAAAUCCCUCAUCUUCUUGGAGGCUCAAAGAUCAGGCAAACUCCCUCCUAACAAUAGGGUUCCAUGGAGAGGUGAUUCUGCUCUUGACGAUGGCAAACUCGCAAAUAUCGAUUUAGCGGGAGGGUACUAUGACGCAGGAGACAAUGUGAAGUAUGGUCUUCCAAUGGCCUUCACGAUCACAACGCUGGCUUGGUCCACCAUUACCUAUGAGAAAGAACUCCGAGCCGCGGGAGAACUUGAAAACGCUCGUGCCGCUAUCCGUUGGGGCACGGAUUAUUUCCUCAAAUGUGCUUCUCGCAGGAACCGCCUCUACGUUCAGGUCGGUGAUCCAAAUGCGGAUCACCAGUGUUGGGCGAGGCCCGAGAACAUGCAAACGCCAAGGACGGUUUUGCAGAUAAGCGACCAAGAUCCCGGGACCGAGAUUGCUGCUGAAACGGCCGCCGCACUUGCCGCUUCCUCCAUCGCCUUCCGCCAUAUCGACCACCAAUAUGCCCGCCGGCUCCUCAACAAAUCCAAAUUGCUUUUCAAGCUAGCCAAGAGCCACAAAGGUACAUACGACGGAGAAUGCCCCUUCUAUUGUUCUUGCUCCGGUUACAACGAUGAGCUGAUAUGGGCGGCAACAUGGCUAUACAAGGCAACGAGGAACGAGGUGUACCUUAGCUACCUCAAAUUCGAAGCCAUAAGUGCUUACGUCGCAGAGUUCAGCUGGGACCUCAAGUACGCAGGAGCGCAAGUCCUCAUCGUCAAGAUGAUCUUCGAAGGUAUGAAAGGACUUGACAUAUACAAACAACAAGCCGAUAGUUUUGUCUGCUCUAAUCUCCCCGACAGUCCUUACCACCAAGUCUUCACUACCCCAGGUGGUAUGAUUCAUUUGAGGGAUGGAGCCAACACCCAAUAUGUCACUGCCACGGCUUUCUUAUUCUCGGCCUAUGCUGAUAUUCUACAGCAACACAACCAAAAGAUCACUUGCGGAAGCAAACAAUUCGAUUCAACACACCUCAUGGCUUUCGCCAAGAAACAAAUUGACUACAUACUAGGGCAUAACCCACAGGGGAGAUCGUACAUGGUUGGGUUCGGACCAAACCCGCCAAAGCAAGCCCAUCACAGAGGAGCCUCAGUGCCGGUGUCAGAAGCCAACGCGCCGCUCAGCUGCCCAAUGAGCUUCGUGAAAUGGUACAACAAGAACCAGCCUAACGCUAAUGAACUCACUGGAGCCAUCUUGGGAGGACCCGACCGUCAAGACAAUUUCCAGGAUCUCCGGUGGACCUCCGUUUACACUGAGCCGUGCACUUACAUCAACUCUAUCGCCGUUGGUGUUCUUGCCAAGCUCGCUGCCUCGGCUUAG